CUGCCGCCGCUAAUUGCCACGAGACCCAGAAGCCAAACAGCAACGAGAAAAACAGCCCCCCGGAACCGGACGGGGCCGACGCUGAGCCGUUCGCAGGCCCCGAGCUUGACGAGGAUGACUACUUGGAUGUCGUCCCGCCCUCCCCGGAGGAGCUGGCUUCCUUCUCGCCGUCUGUAAAAGGCAUUAGUAAUCUUUUCAAAGAACCUCCUGCUGGUGGCAGACCCUCAGCUAGCAGCACCGAGUCCGCACCGGGGAAGGUGGCCGCGGCGCAGCCCCUCGCUGACGGCACAGAGGAUGCAGGUGGGGGCCGGCGCCUGGAGGAGCAGCUCUGCGGCGUCACGGAGGGGAUCUGCGAGCUGGUGGAUGCCAUUCCGCUCCGUGAGCUUUCGGCUCUGUCCUGCGCGGAAGAACUGCUCCAGCUGCGAGAGCUCAGGUAUCUGCUGCUGCCGCGCUGCGGGGGGAGCGGUGCCCUCCUGCGGCAGCGCGUGGCGGAGAUGGCCUGCACGGAGGUGGCAGCGCUGGCUUCCUCCAAGGUGAAUGGCAGAGCUGGAGCUUCCCUCCGCUCCGAGACGUCCUUCGAGAAGGGCUGGAACACCAGUUUAGGUGUGAACGAUACGGACUUUGGCCUUGAUCAGUUUGAUAUUGAUGAUUUUGACGAGGGCUGGGACGAUUUGGAGAGCAUUUCGGGUGCCGAAACGCCGUCUGCACCGCUGUAUCAGCCCGUCCGGGAAGGGCCACCCACCAAAUCGCUGCUGUCAAAGAUAAUGUCCCGAGCUGAAGGGUCUGCAGCCGUAUCAAAGCCUGCUGCUUCGAAGUCCAGCUUCCCGCUGGCCACCAAGGACCACGCGGAGCCGCCGGUUCGCGACCCUGCGCUCGAGCGCUUCAGGGGUACGACAUUCUCCCACUCGCAAGAAAUGGUGAACGUGUUCCACAAGAAGUUUGGUCUGCACUUCUUCCGGACGAAUCAGCUGGAGGCCAUCAACGCCGCUCUGCUGGGCGAAGACUGCUUCGUCCUCAUGCCCACCGGAGGUGGCAAAAGCUUGUGCUACCAGCUGCCAGCGUGCGUCUCUGCCGGGGUCACUGUUGUCAUCUCUCCACUGAGGUCGCUGAUAAUAGAUCAAGUGCAGAAGCUGAAGACUCUGGAUAUAGCUGCAACAUACCUGACCGGUGACAGAACGGAUGCUGACGCCUCGAAAAUAUACAUGCAGCUGUCCAAGAAAGACCCUGUAAUCAAGCUUCUCUAUGUCACCCCCGAGAAGGUCUGUGCAAGCAGCCGACUGAUGGCAGCCCUGGAGAACCUCUACGACCGGCAGCUCCUAGCGCGUUUUGUCAUCGAUGAGGCCCACUGUGUCAGCCAGUGGGGUCACGACUUCCGACAAGACUACAAGCGACUGAACAUGCUCCGCAAGAAGUUCCGCUCAGUUCCGAUGAUGGCUCUUACCGCCACCGCUAACCCCAGGGUGCAGAAGGACAUCCAGAAUCAGCUUGAGAUGCUGAGACCACAAGUGUAA